CUUCGAACUUUUUCCUGAGCGCAACCUCAACCAACCACAACACUUGCACAGCACCGCCAAAAUGCCGAAGUCAAAGCGCGCGAAGGUCGUACAUCUUACCAAGACGGACAAGAAGGGCAAGGAGCUGUCUUUGAAGCUCUUUGCCAAUGUCCAGGAAGCGGCGGACAAUUUUGAGCACAUCUUUGUCUUCGCCGUAGAGAACAUGCGCAACUCGUACCUCAAGGAACUUCGUCAAGAGUUCGCCGAUAGCCGAUUCUUCUUCGGAAAGACCAAAGUAAUGGCGAAAGCGCUUGGACUCACCCCAGCUGAAGAGCACCUCACCAAUCUCUCGGAGCUUACCCAGCAUCUCAACGGCAAUGUUGGACUCUUCUUCACCAACCGCGAUCCCAGUGAGAUGAUCGAGUACUUUGCCAACUACUCGCAAACCGACUUUGCGCGCGCCGGUAUCGUUGCUACACAGACCUUCACAGUCCCCGCGGGUGUAGUCCACUCAAGAGGUGGAGAGAUUCCCGAAGACGACGACGUGCCGCUCCCGCACAGCAUGGAGACCACCAUCAGGAAAUGGGGCAUGCCAACGAGGCUCGACAAAGGCAAGAUUGUGUUGGAUGUACCGUAUACCAUCGCGGAAGAGGGCAAGGUCAUGAACAGCCAUCAAACAGCGCUACUGAAAAUGUUCGGUGUGGCCAUGGCAGACUUCAAGAUCGAUCUCAAGGCCUACUACACCAAGGCGACCGAGUCUGUGACCGAGGUUGGAGCUAUGGAGGAGUAAGGGACAAGCGAGAAGGAACAAAUGCUCAGUUCAGUUGCAUUGUGACGGCGUUUCUUAGGCGUUUGGUUUUGACCAGGGAAAAGUAUGCUAGAUGACUUUGACAGACAGGCUCAAGUCAACUCUACGAGCACAUCACAAUAUACCCUAUUAUGUUGGCCCUAUACAUCGCUAGACCUCUCGGCAACUAUUAUACU